AUGACGCGCGCACAACAAACAGUCUCCGCUCUCCUUUUGCUCUCUUCCCUCUACCUGGCUAUCUACCUUGGCCUCAUCCCCAUCAACGAGACCGUGCAGAACGAGGUUAUCCCUGUGCUGCCAUUCUACGCCCUCAUUGUUCUCGCCUGUUUCCUCGGUGCGCGCCUCGGCUAUAUGAUCCUGACGUUUAACGACGUGCCCGAAGAGCACGAGUCGCUCAAGAAAGAGAUUGAGCAGGCCAAGGCCGAGCUCCGCAAGUUGAAUGUCGAUGUCGAUUAA